AUGUUCGCCCUCUCCGCCUCCCGCAUCACCGGCUCCGCCGUCAAGCUCUCCGUCAAGUCCCGCGCCGUCCGCGCGCGCCGCGCGGCCUCCAUCCGCGUUCGCGCCGAGGGCGAGGCCGAGAAGGUCGCCGUCGCCGACGAGGUCAAGGCUGCCGACGCCGCCUGGGAGGAGAAGGCCGCCGAGCCCGCCGCGGCGCCCGUCGCUUUCUCCGCCGCCAUUGAUCCCGCCGACGGCUCCGUCGCGGAGGCUGCCCCCCUCGGCGACGACAUGUCCAUGCUCAACGACGCCAUGAUCGCCUUCAAGGAGCCCCGCGCGGUUGAGAUCAUCAACGGCCGCGUCGCGAUGAUCGGCUGGAUGGUCGCGCUCUACACCGAGAUCGAGAAGAACACCUCCCUCUUCCACCAGGUGAUCAACACCCGCACCUUCACCCUCGCCGACGGUGUGGUGAAGUCCUCCACCUUCCCCGCCCCCGGCAUGUUCCUCAUCCCCGUCACCGUGCUCUUCGUGCUCGCCGCCUCCCUGGCACCCGUGCUCCGCGGCAACGAGGAGUCCGGCCUUGAGAAGGCUCCGAAGGACUUCGGCCCCUUCAGGGCGGAGUCGGAGAUGACCAACGGUCGCGGCGCCAUGGUCGGCCUCGUCGCGCUUCUCCUCGCCGAGAAGUUCACCAACGGCGCCGCGCUCUUCUAA